AUGAAUAGGAACUUGAGCCGAGAUAUAUUCAAAGCGAUAUUUCUGAACGAUCUAAAUAGGCUAAGGGAGAUAUUCGUGCACUACAACCUCUACUCCUGGAACCUGUUGGACAGACGCAGCCUGGCACCAAUCCACUACGCGGCGUACAGAGGCAGCGGGGAAAUCAUCAGCUGGCUCGUGUCUGAGGGCUCCAAAGUUAACUAUGGAAGUGACGAUAACCAAAAUUCCCCCUUGCAUAUGGCGGCUGUCAAAGGUAACACUGAGAUUUGCAGUCUACUGUUGACAUUAGGCGCCAAGAGAUAUGUGACCAACUACAUCGACCGCACGGCAGCUCAAGUGGCCGAGGAUAAUGGCUAUUUCCACUGUGCGACAAUAAUCAACAACUAUGUGCCCAAAGAAGAAGUCAGAUAUUACACAAUACCGGAGUACAAUGGCUGCGAACCAAAGUUGCCACCUGAAUUGGAAGGACUUUUUUACAAAUUUAUUAUGAUGACUAAUAUCCAUCCAGUAAAAGUGGUUUUUGAAUUACCUUCUGUUUUUCUCGUCAAUGAGAAUGCGUUAAAAAUUGUCAAGGUGUUACACUUGAUGAGCAAGCGUCAAUUUUACAAGAAAGAAGAGUGCAAAAGUACAACAGAAAUGCUGUCAUUUAAAUUCCAUUAUCUGGCUACUAUUCUGUUUGAACUUGCAGAACCCAAUGAUGACACAAGUAAAAAUCAAACAGAUCCCAAGGAUGUGUUUUUACAGAAAAUAUCCACAAUUGAACAUUUUUUGCAAAAGUUUCUUCAUGAUUGCAUUGUAAAGUUCUCCUACAAGGAUACUGCACUUUUUAGACAAAUGGUAUCUUAUAUGGUACAAGGAAUGGAUAGCCUGCCACCACUUGACAUUAUACUAUUACUGGUUGGAAAUAAACGUGCUCAGAGUGGUGAAUCAACUAAUGAACCUGUAACAUGUGCCGCAUGUGAUGAAAUAAAUGCUUCAAAAAAAUGUCCCAAAUGCAAAGCUGUGAAAUAUUGCAACCGCGCGUGUCUGCAAAUUCAUUCACUUAUGCAUAAAAAGAAAUGUAAACAAAUACGCAGGGAAAUCAAAGAUUUGAAAUCAUCUGAAGAGACUUCGGUUUUAGCCAAAUGUUUGUCUAUAAUAGGGAUCAAAUAA